AUACCUCUGGACGCCCAUCGCGAGACGGAAAAUCUUGGAUUGGGCGUUGAGGCUGAGCGCUGUAUAAAAAGAUAACAGCUCGUCGUGAUGAUGCGUAAGCACUUCAGCUUGCCCUCUUAAGCUUCCGUCGACUCACAUCGCCAAAACCAAAACAUCUCCGUCUUUGCGAUCAAUUGGUUGUCCAACGCCAACGAUCCUGCAAGACCCAUCAUGGCACCGUCCUGGAUGGAGAAGUUCAUUACGCGUGGCGAGCCACCAAUCCCAGACCCCCUGCGUGCCUCAUCGCAACCAACUCUUUCCCUCAACUACUCGGCGCUCGCAGAACACCGGCGCGUCUUGAGUGCUCCAGGCGAACAUACGUCACGCUAUGUAGUGACUCGGAAGUCCAUUAUGGGGGCAUGGGGAAGCAAAUGCUCCGUCACAGUCCCCACCAACUCCGACCAAGAGAUCGCCCUCAUCGACUUCCACGCCUUUCACUACGACAUCAAGUUCCCUCUACGUGACCACCACAUGGACAUCAGUACGGCGAAGCGCAGAUUUGAUGCGAGCGGUGGGCUGGGGGAGCUACACUGGAAGGCAACGGGGAUGCAGAUAGCGGGCGCAGCGUCGUGGGAGUUGCGGGAUGAAACGAGUCUUGUCAUGGUUGUGGAAAUUGAUCAAACGCAGACGAAUGGUAGGAUUAGUGUUUGGAGGGAGAAGCUGGAUGGGCAGACUAUGGAGGAGCUUGUCGUGGUUGGGAUUGCGCAGAUUGAGGAGUAUAAGAGGAUGCUUAGGCAGUCGAAGACGUCUGCGGUGGGUGUAAUACUCAACUAAGAUGCUCUCUGCAUGUGUAGGAGGAAUUUGACGUGGGUUUGCAGAGAAUCGCCAAGCAACACCAUAGUAACAACUCAAGCGUAAGAAGAUUAGAUCACAGGCUUGCGCGACUUGGAGACUGUGAUUUGAAGAUGAUGAAGACGCGAACGGAAGUCCGCGAUGCUCAUCCCUGCCGCAUGCUUGCACCAUUUUGUGGAGGUGUCGCGGCCCGAUUUCUUGCGAAAACGCUAUGCGCUAGCUGCGCCUUGCUAU